AUACUGUAUUCUCAUCUAUUGUGAUCAAAGUUAAGACUUUUCACUUGUUCUGUACACAGAGGUAGAAUGUACUUCUUGGAAGAAUACGGCUGUAUGUUCCCUAUGAAAAACACAGUUUUUUCUUCACGGCCUAAUCCUUGAGACCUGAGAUGUGAUGGUCUUCUUCGGCAGCGUCAGCUGGUGGCUGGAACCUUUUGGUAAGCUAGGAAAUGGGACAGAGAAGGAGAGACUCGAAUUUCAGCCUCUCCAAAUGUGAGUCCCACGGCUUUGCUCAGGUCUAAAAAUGAAUGCGGCUGACAGCCCAUGACAGCUGAGGGGAGAAGCCACACCACGCAUGCCCCUAUUUCCCUCUCAUAGGGUCAGACUGUUAAUACAAUCAGUCUCGUAGUGGGAGAGGAGCCGAACACCCUCCUACUGACAUAACGUGCUAACACUGUAAAAAACGCUGACAAGAUGGCUGCCUCGUUAAUAGAUCCGUUGACAGCACCGAGGAUGUACCAGCAGGCUCUCCUCCAGGACGGGCUCUGUGAUCUCCUGGAGAAUGACAAGUUUGUGGACUGCGUCUUGAAGAUCAAGGACCGGGAGUUCCCCUGCCACAGGCUGGUACUGGCCGCCAGCAGCCCGCACUUCAAAGCCAUGUUCCUCUCAGAACAGGAGGAGAGCAAAAAACGAGAGAUUGUCCUGAAGGAUGUUGAGCCAGGCAUCAUGGGUAUGAUCCUGAGGUACAUCUACACCUCCGAAAUUAACCUGACUGAGAACAACGUCCAGGACAUUUUCAUGGCAGCCAACAUGUAUCAGAUCCCAUCCAUCUUCAGCGUUUGCGUGUCCUACCUGGAGAAGAAGCUGGUCCUGAGCAAUUGCCUGGCCAUAUUCCGGCUCGGGCUUCUCCUGGAGUGCCCACGGCUGGCAGCCAAGGCUCGGGACUACAUCUGCGACCACUUCCAGCUCAUCGUCAGGGACCAGGACUUCCACCAGCUGGGCUCUGGAGAACUGGCUGCCAUCAUCACGUGUGAUGCCCUCGAUGUGGAGCGGGAGGAGACGGUCUUCGAAGGGCUGAUGGAGUGGGUCGAGCACGAUCCGGGCGAGAGGCUGAAGGACCUGCCGGAUCUCCUGCACUGCGUGCGCUUUCGUCUGAUGCCUCCGGAUUACCUCAGGGAGAAAGUGGAGGGGCACAGGCUGAUCCGGACCAACCAGGAGAUCAAGAACGAGCUGCGUCUUAUAACGGACGCGGAAAGAGGGCAGCUGCCUAAAGGCAAAGGGAGGUCAGGCGAGAAUGCAGGAGCCACGGCAGGAGGGCAGGAUGAAGAAGAGGAUGAGGAAGGUAUGCUUCCAGGGAUCCUGAAUGAUAACCCCCGCUUUGGAAUGUUCCAGAGGGACCUUAUUCUAAUGAUUAGCAGCACAGGAACAUACGCCUAUGACCCUGCUGAGAAUGAAUGCUUCUUGGCUUCCUCAUCUACCGAGAUCCCCAAAAAUCACUGCAGUUUGGUGACCAAAGAACAUCAGAUCUUCCUGGUUGGAGGUCUACUUUAUAAUGAGAAAAACACAGACGAGCCCUUCAGUUCUUAUUUCUUACAGUUCGACCCCAAGAGCUCUGAUUGGCUGGGGAUGCCCUCACUGCCCAGCCCGCGCUGUCUGUUCAGUCUAGCCGAAGCCCAGAAUUCCAUCUACGUCCUGGGUGGGAAAGAGCUGAGGGAGGGAGAGCACGCCUUAGACUCCGUUAUGGUCUACGACAGGCAAUCCUUCAAAUGGGGGGAGUCUGACCCCCUUCCCUACUCUGUGUAUGGACACGGCUCUGUCUCACAUAAUGGGCUUGUCUACGUACUGGGCGGAAAAGCAGAAAAUAAGAAGUGCCUACGGAGAGUUUGUGUCUACAACCCCACUAAGUUCGAGUGGAAGGAGUUGGCCCCAAUGAAAUUGGCUCGCUCCCUGUUCGGCGUUGCCAUUCAGGAAAACAAGAUCUACGUGGUGACGGGAGUGACAGACAAUGGCCUCACCAGCAGCGUGGAGGUCUACGACAUCGCCAGCAAUACGUGGUCCGACUUCGUGGAGUUCCCUCAGGAGAGAAGCUCCCUGAACCUGAUGGAGCUGGGUGGGUGUUUGUACGCCGUGGGGGGAUUUGCCAUGAUGCCCGAUGAUGCCACUGAGAAGCUGGAACCCACAGAGAUGAAUGACAUCUGGAGGUUUGAUGAAGAGGAACACUGUUGGAGCGGAAUGUUGAGGGAGAUUCGCUACGCUGCUGGAGCCACAGUGUUGGCAGUGCGCCUCAAUGUCAUACGGCUCACCAAGAUGUGAGCGUCGGCAGAUGUGAGCCAACCUUCGUGGAGAGCACUGGAAUGUUGCGAUUAAGUACAUUAGCGUUCCGAGCCUAACGAAUGCUGCUAAAUGCGCCUCACUGCGAAAGACAGACAGCAGGAGGAGGCAACGGACACACCAGAAGUCUUCAGAGCAAUGCAUGCAAACGUGAACUCAUGGUGAACUCUGGUGUCUACAAAAGGUGGACUGUACUGAAGUUUGAAGUGAAGUAUUGUGUUCAUAUAUGCAUUUGUAUAAUUCACAUCUUUAUUUGUUAUACUGGGUUUGAAUAAUAUUCGGCCUGUCAUUUUCUUGUGGAAAAUGACAACUGAUAUAGCGGUUACAAUGCAUGUGCAGACAACACAGCAGACCGAAACAAGGUGGCUGAAAAAAAGGUUUCUAUGUCAUCCAUAAAACAAAUGAAUGCAUGACAUGUAACUUGAAUGACAAUCAUGUCAUGCAUGUUACUAAACAAGUGUAAUAUGUUUUAACAACAACAAAUAAGAUACCACAGAAUGAUAUUAAAAAAAAGCAAUUAGUGUUCAGUGAGACAGUAGGACACAAACAAAAUAGAUUUAUGUCUGGGAUUAAUAAGGAUGAUUCUUUAGGCUUUUACAGCUACAAUAGCCAGUACACUAGAGGACAGAAUAUAGAGCAACAUAAACAUCACCUUUAGUCUCUAUACGUAUCUAUAAAGGAUUCUUUUUGUGUAACCACACAAUAAUAUUUACGUCAGACACACAAGUGUCAAUACAGACACUGAGAUAGGUUAAAAUACUGUCUAUUUAAUGACCAUAUCUUAGAGUGUGAUUAGGGGCUCAGGAGGGCAUGAGUAACAAACCAACCAACGCUUUACAAAGUGACUAACCUUCUUCUUUGAUUUUAAAAAUAAAUCUUUGGCAGCCAAUGAUGUUCCCCCAUUCAUAAAUGAUCUAGAACUGGGCUGCAAAGCUUCACGCAUUCCUGCUACAAAAUAAAAGCACCUGCAGUUAAACUACACCUCCUCACUCUCAUUUUGUCAAGUUAGAACUCCUCCAAUUUAGUUAUACAAGCAAAAUAAAAGUCAAAACAUCAAAACAUGAAAAAGAGCUAUAUGAAGAAAAAAAAAAACCUUUCUGCAUUAGACAGGAUAUGUAGUGCUUUCUGCCUUCACCUUAUAAUUCCCCAAGAACAAAAUAUUCAAGUCUUUAUUUUCAACAGUAAGACCUGGGCAUAGAUCAUUUGUAUUUGGGCUAAAAAACUCCAGUAUUUGGACCAAUCUGACACAAAACUGCACACCGUACAACACAAAACAGCUACUUUAAAGUGCCUGCAACCAUUCCUGUCCAUUUCAGUCCUGGGGAUAGAGUCCUGCACUACCACAGUUUAGUGUUUGACCAGUUCGCACAGUCAAGACAGCUUAGUUAAAAAACACCUGACUGAACUCACCUAAUUGCCAAGGCCUUUUUAGCACAAACCAGCUGUAUUGGAGAAAGGGGAAACCGCUAAACCACACAACGUAAAGGUGAACCCAAUCUACACACCGCUAACAUACUCAAUCAUCUUUGGAUUCAUUUCUUUUUGUAGUUAUUUUAGGACAAAGAAUGUUAAAAAGAAAUAGGGCUUUUGACAUAAUGCUUGACCUGGACAAAACAAUACGCAGUCUCCUAGACUACCGCUAUGCCUUUUAUCGUAUACACCAGAAACAUUAUGGACAUGCAGUACUAUGUAGCUAUAUCCAUUUAACCUCCACCAAGAAAACUCCAAAUAAAAAUGACACUAUUGAAUAAUAUUUUAAUCUCGGUCUGCUCUAAGGGACGUGGACUCAUGCCUUGGUGUUAGGGUCUUGGAUCGUCUUUCACAUUCUUGGACAAACAUCCAACCCUACCAAGAGGGAAACACUGUUAUUCUUAUUAUAACAUGCAGUACACCUUGGACAUACUACAAAAAGUAGCAUCGCAUAUAAAGUUGCAAGGUUGGAAAUGACAUGGGCUAGUGCACUAUUUUUUUACAGUAAAAUUAAAGAGAGACCAAUAUUAUUUAAUCACAACCGAGAAACAGAUUCAAUUCUGUACACGUUGGCCAGGUUGGUCCAUAUAACUUUGUCAUUUGUCAAAGAAAACUGAAAAAAAUCUAAAUAGCCAAUAUUGAAAACACCAAAGACAACUGCUGUUUGGGAGUUUAUAGUGAAUUACGCAAAGAGUUGGAAAUACACAGGACUUAAGCCCGUGGUGAAAAAAAAAAAAAA